AUGAAUGAGGUGUUCGGCUUAAUAGCAGCUGGAAGGGCGCCAUCCCAUUUCGUGCAAGUUGGUGAGAGGGAGUUCUUGUGUGAGAUCGAGAAUGCGUCCGGUGUCAACCACGUGGUUGUCUUCAUGACAGGAUUGCACCCUUUUCCUGAUGGGCUGGGUGGCUCAGGUAAGGAGAUGUUCAGAGUGGAUUAUGUUGUAUUUAUUCCAGUGUACGUUCGAUGGCCGUCAGCUGAGGUACAGGAUACCGGAUGGAAUUAUCUGGGUUUCAUAUCCAAUGUGAAGCCUAGCGUGAUCUUCAAAAUACUGCAUCUGUCAGAGGUUCGUCACACGGGCAUAUUUAGCGACGGUAUGAGUGUUAGUGCGAUAGGCUCAGUGCAAGUUGGGUUAAUGGUCGAACCACUUGCAGCUAUUGAAGGAAGAGAAGCAGCUGAUGGCACUCAAGCCAGCCAACAGUCAACGUUAGGAGAAUUUGCUGAAACCGUAUUGCGGCAUUUAGUAAACCAUGUUGAGUCGUACACAACCAGAUUGGCGAGAUCCGAUGGCUUUGCUGAUUACAUUCCUGUCUCGGCGCUACAGGAAUGGUAUAACAACUUCCGGCGUCGAUUUGAGCAGAAUCCAUAUUUCUGGAGAUCUAUCCGAAACACUUGA